AUGGAAGUACAAACAGAAACAAGGCCCUCAGUCUCCGGCACAACGAGGGUGCUAAGAAUCCCCGGAGGUAAAACUCAACGCAAACUAAAAAUAGGUACUUGGAAUGUUCGUAGCAUUUAUGAAAGCGGUAAACUAGCAAAUACCAUACAAGAAAUGAAGAGGCUUCACAUCGAUAUAUUAGGUGUUUGUGAAACAUGGUGGCCUGAUUCUGGCAAAUGUAAAACAAACGGUGCAACAAUGUAUUAUUCCGGGGACCAAAGUAGAAACCAUAGAAAUGAGGUUGGAAUAAUCGUCUCAGAGGCCGUCGAAAAAUGCGUAAAAAACUUUUUGCCAUAUUCAGAUAGAACUUUAUUGCUUCAAAUACACGCAAAGCCUUUGAAUAUAAACAUCAUUCAAACAUAUGCACCAACUGCUGAUAAAACUGACGAAGACGUUGAAUCAUUCUACAAUGAAGUCAAGGAGCUCAUGAAAAUGACCAAAAAACACGAGAUUAACAUCAUUAUGGGGGAUUUUAAUGCCAAAAUAGGAAAGUCGCAAGUAGAAAAAAUUGUUGGACCAUUUGGUUUAGGUACCAGAAACCCAAGAGGUGAUAGACUAAUUCAGUUCUGUACGGAACAGGAGCUCAAAAUAAUGAACACUUGGUUUUGUUUACCACCUCGUCGACUUUACACAUGGAAAUCACCUGAAGAUAACGAUCGAAAUAUAAUCCGGAACCAGAUCGACUUUAUAUUAAUUAACCAGCGAUAUAGUACAUGCGUAUCAAAAGUUUCAACGUAUCCAGGUGCCGAUGUUCCUUCAGACCAUAAUUUACUGUUAUCGCAAAUCAACAUAAAAUUGGCAGUAAUGACAAAAUCAACACGCAAAAAACAUUUAGACCUACAGAAACUCAAGGAAGAUGAAUGUAAAACCGAAGUUACUCAGGAGCUUAAUAAUCAAAUGAAAUUAAAUUUCGAAGGUACCAGCUUUAAUAAUGUGGAAAUUGAUGAAGUAUGGGAUCGAUUGAAAAGUACUAUGAAAAAUAUAGCUUCAACCAAACUGGGCCCCACGAACAGCAGAGCAAAACAGAAAUGGAUGACAAGCGAGAUCUUAAAUUUAAUGAAACAGAGACGAAUGCACAAAAAUAAGGACUAUAGUCAAUAUAAGCGCCUGCAAACAAAAAUUAAAGAAACCGCUGGAGUAUACCGCAAACAGACAUUUUCUAAUCUAGUUGACAACAAUAAUAAUAUAGUCCUAGAUCAAGAACAGAAAAAACAAGUCUGGAAGGAAUACAUAGAAGAAGUAUUCAAUGAUAUUAGUAGAACCGAUGCUCUAAGAACUUCGGAAACUGAACCCACAGGUCCUUCAAUAACACCAGAGGAAAUAAAAAGAGCAAUUAAGUUGUCAAAAAAUAAUAAAGCUCCUGGACCCGAUGAGCUACCCGCAGAAAUUUUUAAGCUAAUAGAUGACGAAAACUUAGAAAUUUUGAAAAACAUUUUUAACAAAAUUUAUGAUAGCGGAAUAUAUCCAAAGGAAUGGCUAAGUUCGGCAUUCAUAUUCGAAGAAGUAGCUGAUAGCGUAGAUGUUGGUAUAAAAGUAAAUGGAGUAAAUAUUAACAAUAUACGUUAUGCAGACGAUACCACCUUGAUUGCCGGCAAUAUUACUGAACUACAACAACUUUUAAACUCAGUAAAUGACCACAGUAUGCUUUUCGGUUUAAAUAUGAAUAUUUCUAAAACCAAAUUCAUGGUUAUAUCCAGAACCAACACAUUUAAUAAUCUAGUUUUAACCGUGAAUGGCCAAAAUAUCGAAAGAGUUUCAAGUUUUAAGUAUCUGGGAUUACCAAAAUAUAUUUUGCAAUCGGGAUAUACAUCUCCACAACCGUAUUCGAUUUGUAAAAUGCUACGUGUGGUCAAUUCUCCUCUAUGGAAUGGAAGCUUGGACACUAAAAAUAUCAACAAUGAACAAGCUAGAAGCCUUCGAGAUGUGGAUAUACCGCAAGAUGUUAAAGAUCCCAUGGAUAGAUAG